AUGGCGGCCUCGAAGGUGAAGCAGGACAUGCCCCCUCCUGGGGGCUACGGCCCCAUCGACUACAAACGGAACCUUCCGCGUCGGGGACUGUCGGGCUACAGCUUGUUCGCUCUGGGCAUUGGGACCAUGCUGUUUGGGCACUGGAGCAUGAUGAAGUGGAAUCGUGAGCGCAGGCGCUUGCAGAUCGAGGACUUUGAGGCCCGCAUCGCACUGAUGCCGCUGUUGCAGGCAGAGAAGGACCGAAGGAUCCUGCAGAUGCUUCGGGAGAACCUGGAGGAGGAGGCUGUCAUCAUGAAGGAUGUGCCUGACUGGAAGGUGGGCGAGUCUGUGUUCCACACAAAGCGCUGGGUGCCCCCGGUAAUGGGGGAGCUGUACGGACUGCGCACGAAUGAGGAGAUUGUCAACGCCACCUAUGGCUUCGUCUGGUACACGUAG